AUGAACCCCAGGGUGAUUCUCCUGAUGGCGGUAACAGUGGCGGUUUGCCACCGCUACACGGCGGCAAACACCAACCAGGAACGGAAAACAUACAUCGUUCACAUGGACAAAAUGGUGAUGCCGCCGGAAUAUUCCGACCACCGGAACUGGUACGCAACAUCUAUGGAAUCGGUUUCCGAGUUGCCGGAAAUGUUGUAUACGUAUGAAAACGUCAUCCACGGGUUCUCCACCCGGCUCACGGUUGAACAAGCGAAAUUACUUGAGAAAAAACACGGUGUUUUAUCGGUUAAAGAAGAGCUUAUAUACAAGCUUCACACCACCCGGUCGCCGGAGUUUCUUGGACUUGCAGGGAGAGAGACGAUGUUUUCCGGGCUGGGCUCCGGCGGUGAUGUGAUGAUUGGGGUGGUGGACACCGGUGUCUGGCCCGGAAGUAAAAGCUUAGACGACACUGGGUUCGGCCCGAUUCCGGCGUGGUGGAAAGGCGAGUGUAAGAAUGGUACGGGCUUUGGUGCAUCAAACUGUAAUAAGAAACUGAUUGGGGCAACGUUCUUUUCGAUGGCAUAUGAAGCCACAUAUGGGCCGAUUGAUGAAACAAUAGAAUCGCGGUCUGCGAUGGAUGAUGAUGGACACGGGACCCACACUGCGACUACAGCCGCUGGUUCGACGGUGACCGGAGCAAGUCUUUUUGGGUUCGCGAAAGGGACGGCUCGUGGGAUGGCUCCGAAUGCCAGGCUGGCGGUUUAUAAAGCGUGUUGGCUCGGUGGUUGUUUCGGGAGCGAUAUACUGGCGGCAAUAGAAAAGGCGAUCGCGGAUCGUGUCCAUGUUUUAUCACUUUCGAUUGGCGGCUCGCUUGCUGAUUACACCAAUGACGUGGUGGCUUAUGGCGCGUUCAAGGCGGUUUCCCGUGGGAUAUUUGUAGCAUGUUCCGCCGGAAACAGCGGGCCCGGCCCGUUUGGUUUAUCGAAUGUCGCGCCAUGGAUAGCUACGGUUGGUGCUGGAACCCUCGACCGUGAAUUUCCGGCGUAUGUUGUUCUUGGAAACGGGAAGAAAUUCCGGGGAGUAUCGCUUUAUAGUGGAAAACCGUUACCGGAAUCCGUGGUUCCGAUUGUUUACGCCGGAAAUAUCAGUAACACCACCGGGAACUUAUGUCUCCCGGGUACGUUGCCACGGGGAAGAGCCAUCGGAAAAAUUGUGAUGUGUGAACGUGGCGGGAAUUCACGGGUGCAGAAGGGGAUGGUGGUGAAGGCAGCCGGUGGUCUUGGAAUGAUUCUGGCGAACUCCGAUACGUUUGGGGAGGACCUGGUGGCUGACGCCCAUUUGAUCCCAACCGCCGCCAUCGGUUACCGAGGUGGUGAGGCAAUAAAAAGCUAUAUACUUUCAAAUGAUAAUCCAACGGCUACAAUUGCAUCCGGAGUAACUGAAUUACACAUCCAACCGUCACCCGUAGUUGCAGCUUUCAGUUCCCGGGGCCCGAACCCGCUCACCCCUGAAAUCCUGAAACCGGAUUUCAUCGCACCAGGGGUGAAUAUUCUAGCCGGUUGGACCGGUAAAACCGGUCCAACCGGCUUAACAGAAGACACGCGACGUGUCGAAUACAACAUCGUGUCCGGGACAUCGAUGUCGUGUCCCCACGUAAGCGGGUUAGCCGCUUUACUGAAAACGGCUCACCCAGCGUGGACACCAGCAGAAAUAAAAUCAGCACUUAUGACCACAGCUUAUAGCGCAUACAAAAACGGUGAAGGGCUGAAGGAUAUUGCAACCGGAAACCCAUCGACCCUAUUUGACCAUGGUUCGGGCCAUGUCGACCCGGUUCGAGCCAUGGACCCUGGUCUGGUCUAUGACGCCUCACCUAACGACUAUUUGGGCUUUCUUUGCGCUUUGAAUUAUAGUUCAAAUGCCAUUAAAAUGUUUGGAGGUGGAAGUUUCACAUGUAGAAAGAAAUACAGGGUGGAAGAUCUUAACUACCCGUCUUUUGCAGUUCCUUUGCUGACGGAUUCCGGCGAAGGUGGUGGUGUCGGGGGUGGUCCGACCACCGUUAAGUACACCAGGACUCUGAAAAAUGUGGGGACUCCGGCGACUUAUAAGGUUUCGGUAUGGUCAAAGGUGGCGGCAGUCAAGAUUACGGUUGACCCAGAAGAGCUAAUUUUCACGAAGCAAGGUGAGAAAAAGGUGUAUACUGUGACAUUUACAGCUAGUUCCAUGCAAUCGGGGACUACUGGAUCUGGUCAGCUAAAGUGGUCUGGAGGAAAAUAUGUUGUGAGUAGUCCUAUAGCUUUCAGUUGGGUAUGA